GCUUCUCAACUGUGUUUCUGGUACGUACCCAUGGUGGGGUACGCUGUGCACUGAAACGAAUGUAUGUUAAUAAUGUGCCAGAUCUCAACAUAUGCAAGAGAGAAAUUACAAUUAUGAAAGAGUUAUCCGGGCACAAGAACAUUGUGAGCUAUUUGGAUUGUGCUGUUAACUCCAUAAGUGACAAUGUUUGGGAGGUUCUCAUCCUCAUGGAGUACUGCCGUGCUGGGCAAGUUGUGAAUCAGAUGAACCAGCGCCUGCAGACAGGCUUUACUGAGUCAGAAGUAAUGAGAAUAUUCUGUGAUACCUGUGAAGCUGUUGCCCGGUUGCAUCAGUGCAAAACGCCUAUAAUUCACCGGGAUCUAAAGGUGGAGAAUAUAUUGUUAAACGAUAGCGGCAACUAUGUUCUCUGUGACUUUGGCAGUGCCACUAACAAAUAUCUUAAUCCUCAAAAAGAUGGUGUUAAUAUGGUUGAAGAGGAAAUUAAAAAGUAUACAACGCUAUCGUACAGAGCUCCCGAAAUGAUCAAUCUUUAUGGAGGAAAACCAAUUACUACCAAGGCAGAUAUCUGGGCCCUUGGCUGCUUGCUGUAUAAACUCUGUUUCUUUUCCCUUCCCUUUGGAGAAAGUCAAGUUGCUAUUUGCGAUGGAAGCUUUACCAUUCCGGACAAUUCCCGAUACUCUCAUAGUAUACACUGUUUGAUAAGAUAUAUGCUUGAACCCGAUCAAGAACAGAGACCUGAUAUCUUUCAAGUAUCUCACUUUGCCUUUAAAAUUGCCAAAAAGGAUUGUCCAGUAUCUAAUAUUAAUAAUUCUCCUGUCCCUUCAACUCUUCCUGAACCCAUGACAGCUAGUGAGGCAGCUGCUAGAAAAAGCCAAAUAAAAGCAAGGAUAACAGAUACUGUUGGACCAACAGAAACCUCAAUUGCACCCCGACAAAGACCAAAGGCCAAUUCAAGCACUGCCACUUCCAGUGUGCUGACGAUCCAGAGCUCAGCAACACCAGUCAAAGUACAGGUUCCUGGUGAACUAGGAACCCCGCGACCAGGGAACGGACAGGAGAUCUUACAGUCCCAGGGGCACCCCCCGCAGCAGCACCGGGUCCUGCAGCAGCUGCAGCAGGGGGACUGGAGGCUGCAGCAGCUGCACCACUUGCAGCACCACCACCAGCAGCAGCCCCCCGUGCAGGAUGCCUACAUUCAGCAGUAUCAACAAGCCAUGCACCAGCAGAUGGUCCAGCAGCAGCUGUUGAUGCAGUCUGUGUACCAGCAGCAACCCUCCCAGUCUCCGUAUCCUGCUAUGGUGCAGCAAUAUCAGCAGGCUCUCCUACAGCAGCAGAUGCUUGCGCAGCAGCAGCAGCGGUCGCAACAGGCACAGUCUCCUGAGUAUAUCACUUCUCCACAAGACUUCUCACCAGCCUUAAUCUCCUACCCUGGGUCGCUUCCAGUGCGUGCUGGAACGGUGGCAGAUUCUCCCUACCCUGCCAGCAGGUCAGGCAUUCCCGAUGCUGAAGCGAUUGCCGGAUACCCAAAGCAGACCAUCAGUAACCCACCUGAUAUGUCAGGCUGGAACCCGUUUGGAGAGGACAAUUUUUCCAAGUUGACAGAGGAGGAGCUGCUGGACAGAGAGUUUGACCUGCUGAGAUCAAACAGGCUGGUGGACAGGAGAGCAUCUUCAGAUAAGAAUGUGGAGCCACAUUCUGCUCCACAGAAAAGUCCUCCUGAAGAUCCCUUUGGUUCUGUUCCUUUCAUUUCUCACCCAGGUUCCCCUGGAAAACAAGCGGAUAACUCAGCCAGCAAUCAAGGAAAUAACGUAGGGACCCCAACCAAGGCUGGAAAACUGAGCCAUGCUUUUAGAGACCCCCGGCCAGGGAGGAAAACUGCAGAGGGCCAAGUGACAAAGGGUGGUGAUGAGUCAGAGAGUGAUUUUGAGUCUGAUCCUCCUUCUCCCAAGAGCAGUGAGGAAGAAGAAGAACAGGAGGAUGAAGAAGUCUUGCAAGGAGAGAAUGGAGACUUCAAUGAUGACAAUGACACAGAACCAGAGAAUUUGGGCCAUCGACCUCUCCUCAUGGACUCCGAGGAAGAGGUGGAGGAAGAAGAGGAAGAAAAGCAAAGUUCCGACUCCGAUUCUGAUCGUACCAAGCAAAAACCUGUGGACGGGCUCCUGAGCAGUAGGUUCAGAGACGGUGUGAGCAGCGGUGAAAUCAAAGAGUCCAGUUCACUGCAUCUGUCCUUGCCCGAGGCACCCAGCACUGUACCCAAGGAGAGCCCUGGCCAAGAAUUUGAUGUGUUUGGGGCAGUGCCCUUUUUCACUCUGCAGCCUCAGGCGAGAGAGAGGACGGACAAAGAUGUCUCUUCCCAGGUGGCUUUUCCCAGCCUGAACCAAGAGCAGGAUGAUUUUGAUGUUUUCACAAAAGCCCCCUUCAGCAAAAAGGUGUCUCAGCCAGAUGGGCAGGUGUCGGGCACCGAGCCUCUGCUCUCCCCCACCUCUCCACGGAGCGUCGAUAUUUUCGGCUGCACCCCAUUUCAGCCUUCCCUACUCCCCAAGACCGGUGGGAGCAAAGAGGACCUGUUUGGGCUGGUUCCUUUCGAAGAGAUCACGGGGAGUCAGCAGCAGAAGGUGAAGCAGCAGCGUAACCUGCAGAAACUUUCUUCCCGGCAGAGGCGCAUGAAGCAGGAGGUCUCCAAGACCAACGGGAAGCGGCACCACGGCACCCCGACCACCACCAAGAAGGGGUUGAAACCCAGCUACCGCACCCCCGAGAGAGCCCGCAGGCACAAGAAGGCAGGCCGCAGAGACUCCCAGAGCAGCAAUGAGUUCCUGACCAUCUCGGACUCCAAAGAGAACAUCAGCGUGGCGUUGACGGACAGCAAAGACCGCCCCAACCCUCUGCAGACGGACGAGAGUCUGCUGGAUCCUUUUGGAGCCAAACCCUUCCACCCCCCGGACCUGAUGCGGCACCCCCAGCACCAAGGGUUCGGUGAGGGCCGCGGGGAGCACGGCACGGUGGUGGUGGCUGGUAGGCCCAGGCAGAGCUCCUUGCACGGGGCCAUUCACGGCGGUGACGGGCUGAAAACCGAUGACUUUGGUGCGGUGCCCUUCACCGAACUGGUGGUGCAGAGGGCGCAGAGCCAGCAGCAGCAGGCGCUGGAGUUAGAUCCCUUUGGAGCUGCUCCGUUCCCUUCCAAACAGUAAAUGCUUCCAGCGGGUUCCCCCCCUCCACUGCUCCGAGUUACUCAAUAGGGGUUUUAAUUAGUGGCGUAAUUUAUCUGGUUGAAUUGAGAGGGACGUGGGUUGUACGGUUUGUUUGAGUUCCAGAAGGCAUGGCCAGCUUGAACGAUGAAAUUCAGAAUGAUGGCAGAUUCUUAGUGGUUUGGGGUUUUUUUGUUUGUUUUUUUUUUUUUGGAGAGAAACAGAAAAAGCAAACCAGGAGCAUCAUUGUGUUGUGAGAGAUGGCUCCCAGAACGAAGAGAGGAAUCAGGUGUGAAGGGGUGUCUGCCACUGACUUUGGGCCCUGGAACAUGCUGUCCUUCUGCACUUUUGCGUGGCCUUUUCACUCCUCCGGGGUGUGCUGGGAGGGAGGGAGGGAGGGAUGGGCAGAGCCCAUGAAAAAUGCUUUCCGUACGUACAGGUGGGCUCGUGCAACCACGGGGGUUCUUCGCGUCUCGGCCGCAGCAGACCCAAGAACCAAAAUGUACUAAUACCCAGAUCGAGCUACUGGAAAUCGCUGAGUCUUUGCUUCCUAGGUGAAAACUACCUUUAUUAAUCAUAAAAAUAAAGAAGCCAAGUCCUUAAGGGGCUGUGGCCCCGAAUCCCAGAGCACGGCCGUGGCUUGGCUCCUGGCAGACAUCUAUGCAGCUCCAGAAGUGAAAGGCGGAUGAUUUUUUUUGUGUGCCUCAAUGUUCAGUUUUUUAUUUUUUAUUUUUACAGUAAGUGCCAUUAAUGUAAAAUAGCAAACUGGAAGAUUAGAGUUACAGACAGAGAGAAUAUAAUGGUUUGUGAGAGGAGCAGUGAAGCAGCAGGGCCACAGCCGGUGCUGGCAGCACUUUGGAGAUGGCUCAGCCCGGGAUGGGAGGCUGGUGCACACCCGGAGAUCCGCUGGUGCAUGGGGAGCGUUUCACAGCACCUGACUGUGAGAUGCAGCCACCAGAGUUAUUUCAUGACAAAUUGGGAUUUGUGUCUGAAAAUACCAUAAUUUUUUUUUUCCCCUCUUGGAUUUUUAUUGCAAAGAAAACGUGUAUUCUUUCAAACCUGUUGGUUUUUAAACCAGUAAUAAUUUUAUGCAAUGAACCUAAUGUUCUUUGAAGUUCUGAUGAUUCUGUCGUUGUACUGAGUGUGUUUUGUAAGAAAGUUUUGCUAAAUGCACUGAGCUUUGCAGAAACUCCUCCGAGGGGGGCUGUGCUGGGAUCAGCAGGAGCGUCUCAAAUCACGGAGCCCCCCCAGGUGGGACCCCUCCUGCCCCACGGCACCUGGAGACACUGGCUGGGUGAGAGGGGGUGCCCAGUGCCUCAGGGCGACGGGGAGGUGAUGGGAAGAGGCUCCUUGAGGAGAAGAUCUCAUUACCACGUUGUGCCGUGCUGGUGGGAGGGCUCCUCCACUGCCCACAGUGUCUGCGGAGCCGGGGGGGCUCGGGAUGCUCCAGUUGCCUUCUCCGUGGCAAUCCCAAAGAGGAGGGGGAAGGAGGUAGUUCCUCUGCUUGUCUCAGCUUCAUACCCCUCCUCGGGGUGCUGAGGAGUCGAUAGUCGGGUGUUUAUAUAUGGAGAACAUGAGGGUUCCUGCUUGUGUCCCCCCCCCCUUUCACUGGAGGCAAAGAGAAAUAUUUAGGGUUGUGCUUCCCUUCCCUCCCAUCCCCUCCCAAAAUCAGGUUCCUGCUGGUUCUACAGUCGCCCUGAGAUGUGUGAGGGUGCGGGUGGCUCCCUUACAGUAGUUGUGGAAAACAACACAUGGAAACCGAGUCACUUGGCUCCUUUGGGGGUGGUUUGACAGAAGGCUCCCUGGGAUCCCUGUGAGAGCUGGGGCUGGAAGGCAGCUCACGGGGGUCUGUGUGCCUGCGGUACCUUCUCUCCCUUGGUUUCCUCUCUCCCGAGGUGGGAGUGGAGUAGCACAGCUGGAUAAGGACGCCUGCUUCAGGCUUGGAAGUUAAGCUCUUAGGAGGUGAUGAGUAGAAAUGUUUCAACUCUAUUUGCACAGGAGUCUCUUAGGCUUGGUGACUGCUGUUCUCACCCGGGGUUUUUGUGCCAAAGGCUGUCAGAAGCGCACGCCAAGUUUUGUAGCAUUUUCUGAUACUCAGGUUAACUGUCUCGUCUUUUUUUGUUGCUGUUGUUGUUGUUCUUUCUGUGCGCGUGCUCCCGAGCUGCCUGCCAUCUCCCUGCAGAGCCUUUGGAACAGAGGGGUACCACAAACGGGGCGGGUGGCUGGAAAUAAAAUUGGAAUAAAACCACAGAGAACAGACCUCUGGUCUCAGAGGCGGCUCGUCCUCACCUGAGCCACCGCUGCCGGGAGGGAAGGGCUGCGCUCGGCAGACUGAGGCUGGGCCUCCAUAUUCAGGUAGAUCAGGGUGUUUGGGGUUUGUCUGUUCCCCCCGGGCUGUGCUGGUGGGGCCGUGUUACAGGACAGGCAGGGUGAGGGGGGGGUGUGCACGGGAGCCCAGAGACCAGAGGAAAGCACAGUGUGACCCCGAGUGACGCUGGCAUCGUGCCUCUGGCUGCACGCGAGUUAUGGCCCAUGAGAUCUGCUUUCUAAUGGCCUUAAUAAACCUUGUUCUUCGUAUUCUAGUUCUGAAAAAGGGUUUUUGCAUAAACCUAACUUCUUGGUUUCUAGAGUUAAGGUUAUUUUAUCCUUUCUUGUGACUGAAAGAGAUCCGUAUGCCUCGCUACGUUGACUUUGCUUGGUACUUAUUGUUUCUACGCAAUUCAAGCCAAGUUUGGGUUUGAUGUCGGCUAAGAUCCACUGUUGAGCAGAGAUGAAAUGUGGUACUGUCAGGGAAGGUGAUGUCCUUUGGCCUUUAUUUGUGUGUGUGUGAGCCCAUGUGCGUGCCUCUCACGGAGUCUCUGGAGACCUUCCCCGAGACCCAGGACAGCCCUCGCUGUGCCGGACACGCGCUGUCCUGUGGGUGAGGCCAGGAGCUGGCACGUCCCUUCCACCCCACCAGCCCCGACUGUUACAGUUCUCCUUUCCCCCCCUGAAUGAGUGAACCACGGGCCUCUCAGACUCCACUGCUUGUGAGAGCGUGUGUCAGAAGGUGCUGAGAAGCCCUUGGUGGUUGUGGUGGUUGAGAGGACCAUGAGAUGGUGUUUCUCUGCAGACCCUCUAACGUGAGGAGGGGGCGGCUGCUUCCCCUGACCCCCGUGGGUACCAGCUUUGGAGGGAGUGACUUUGAAUCCUUCGGGGUGUCCCAGUCAGUAAAACCAAGUACUGUGAAAAUAUGUUGAUAUAUUUGCUACUGUGAGAAUAAGAGUUUAUCUGGAAAUUUUUUAUACUAUAGGGUGUAUUUUUAUAUAUGAAAGGUAUAUAUAAAACAUACACAUGCUCGCACACAUCACGUCUCUCUCGGAGUUGCUGUGUUCUGGGUGACAGAGCAGCCACCAACACUGUCGUGUGAUUUGAGGGAGCAAAUAUGAGUGAAAAGCUGCAAAAGAAUAAAAAAUGCCAAGGGUGGCUGCUGUGUUAGUUUUCCGUAGCGCUUGUUCUGAAAGGAGAAUCAAGGAAACUGGGUGUUUAGCAAAAUUUGUGACUGAGGCAUCACCUGAUAUUAAAGAGCAUAAGAACUAUUUUAAAAUUGCUGGCAUUCAGCUUUUAAGUGCACUUUCCUGAACUACACUUCCAUUUCUUGUUAGACUUCAAGUUUCUAAAGCUUUUUUGUGUACCACUAAACAGAGAACUUUUAACUUUUUUUGUGAAACUGAUGUAUGUCAUGAAAUACUUGCAGUUGUUUAAAUAAACAAAGGUGAUAACAGUGA